GGCUUGCAGAGAAUAAAACCGCACGUUGACCCCACAUGUCAGAAAGUUUUGAAACAAUAACACUUUUUUUUUUUAUUUAAAAUCUUUAACGUUUAAUUUAUGUUUUUAAACCUUUUUAAAUUACUUAUUUAAAAAUAGAAUUUGUCAAUUUUCCUUUAAAUAUACAAAAUUGUAUUAAAGCGUCAGAGCAAUUAAUAGCGGAUUUUUUUUUAUUCCUGUAACCUAUAACUUACAAUGUUACUCUUGGGAGAUUCUUUUCCUAAUUUUAAAGCAAAUACUACGGAAGGAGAAAUCAUCUUUCAUGAUUGGCUAGGAGACUGCUGGGGUAUCCUUUUUUCGCAUCCCUCUGAUUUUACACCUGUAUGCACAACAGAGCUUGCUCGAGUAUUGAACCUAUUGCCAGAGUUCACAAAGCGUAAUGUAAAGGUUAUUGGCUUGUCAUGCGAUUCUGUAUGUUCCCAUAUGGAGUGGUGCAAGGAUAUCAAAUGUUAUGCUGGAUACAACAUGAAUGAUAAUUUCCCAUAUCCGAUUAUCGAAGACAAGGACCGUACACUCGCAACAAAGUUAGGGAUGGUGGAUAUGGACGAAUUGGAUCCAGGUGGCCUACCACUAACAGCUCGUGCUGUUUUCAUCGUGGAUCCCAAAAAGAAAUUCCGCCUGUCCCUCUUAUACCCAGCAACUACUGGAAGGAACUUUGACGAGAUAUUACGCGUGUUGGACUCUUUGCAGCUGACAGAUAAAGCCAAAGUUGCUACCCCUGUUGAUUGGAAGAUGGGAGAUGACUGCAUGGUACUGCCGACCAUAUCGGAAGAUGAGGCGAAAAAAGUUUUCCCAAGUGGUGUUACGGUAGUUCCGCUUCCCUCUGGCAGGAACUAUCUAAAGAAAACUCCCUGCCCCAAGAUAUAAGACUUUUUUUAUUUUUAAUUUUAAUAUACUUUUGUGAUACUAUCUUUUAAAGUGUAUAUGUAAAUAUAGUAAUGAUACAAAACACGUAA